CAAUACCACUCAACAUUUGGGCUGGCCCAGCCCAUUUAGCACAUUAAUGUCCUCUCUCUUCGUGACUUUCCCAUAUGGUCCUUCUCCGUGCUAGGCAAAGUAACCUUAAAAGGCAGAAGAGACACCAACCGGACGAACACUCUUCUCCAUCAAACAUCAAAGAUUCGAUUGAGGGUGGAAGUUUUGGUAUCUUUCGUUCUUGCCUUUGAGUUUUGACGCUAUCUUUGCUUCCAUUAAUCCCCAAUGGCGACCGCGACGGCGACUACUACCAAAUUGGAAAACCCUAAGAAAACCCUACCUGAGCCCCAGUCGUCGGAUGCUGCUACUCCGACAAUUCAACCUGCCGGAGGUAACCCCGUUACCGCGAAUGAAUCGUCUUCGAAACCUUCGUCCACGGUCCCGGCCCCUCAGGACGGAGGCGAUAAGAAUUCCGGCGACACCGAGGGUAGCGGUGGUGGUCCAGUUACUGACACCGAGAAGAAGAUUCGAAGAGCAGAGCGGUUCGGAGUGGCUGUGCAACUGUCUGAACAAGAGAAACGAAAUUCCAGAGCCGAAAGGUUUGGCACAGCUAGUGGUUCAUCUGGCUCGGAAGCUUUGAAGAAAUCAGAGGAGCUGAAAAGGAAGGCCAGAGCUGAGAGGUUUGGGAUUUCUCAGUCUACUUCUUCAGAGGAGGAUGCCAAGAAAAAGGCUAGGCUCGCAAGGUUUGCUCCAGCUUCUAAACCUGAUGCAGUGGAGGAGGAUAAAAGGAAAGCAAGAGCACUCAGGUUUUCGCAAUCUGGUUCUGUAACUAAAGAUAAACAGAAUGGCAAGGAAAAUAUUGAAUCGAAGGCUGCUGAACCGGCACAGGCAGGCGGGGGUACAUGAAUUGUGUGAACUUGUUAACAGUAAGACAUUUCAAAUUAGAAUGUCCUUUUCUGUUUUAUUUGAAUAGUCUUACUCUAUUAUCAUGCAAAACAAGUAAUGAUGUUUCAUUUUGUUCCUCCUACUCUGUGUGAUACAGGUUAAGGGCCCCAACAUUUCGCUAGUACUAUGUAUCUUGUGGAAAGAGUUCUUGCUGUGUGGAUCCUUAUUCAGGCACUUCUCAGUUUUUGUCUCUUCAGAUGGAUAUUUUACUUUUUCUUUACCUAUCUAGCGUAGUUAUUUUUAUCUGCAUAGUGAGAGUGGAAAACUUAAGGCAAUCUCCUUGGUACGAAUAUAUCUCAUAUGAUCCUUUGGAACGCAAAACUUGACUAGGUUAUUAUACAUCGUAGACUUUUUGGUGUCUGUCCACUGCAACUGUCCAACCCUGUCAUCCGCAUUACAGUUGCAUUUCCUGCUCUUAGAUUCUGCUCUAUCUGAUAUUUUGUUUCUUGCAUGGCAUUAGUUGAUGUAUUGUUCCUGCUUUAUAUACCUCACAUGGCUGGCUUUUGGAGAGGUGCUAUGUUGUAAUGAUGCCAUCAUAUUAUUUAAUUCUUAUAUAUAAGAUGGCUAAGCAACGGAUAAUUGAACAUGUGGUAGGUGCCUCUUGUUAAAUGUGUGCCUUCUUCGUUUCGUUAUAAUGCUGUAUUUUUGGACUCUGCCUGUUGUGUACUCUGUGUCUGCAUUUGUGUUUGUCUUCUUUGCCUGACCCAUGGUUUAUUACGUAAAAGUGAGAUGGACGUUUAGGUUGUUUUCAUCAAUAUUUAUUUGCCAGGAGCUUAGCUUCUGUUUCUAUUUGGUCAUUUGGGAUAAAUUGGUAUCAUGGAGGUUGCCUGUGUCAGUGUCUCAUCAGAAGGAAUAGCCCAAAAUUGUUCUAGGGUUGUCUUAGAUGGUAGUUGUAGUUUUUCUUUUUCCAUUUAGCUCUAGGCGGGAAAUUUCGGACCACUUAUAGAGCUCAUGUAAAGGCUGACCUGCUACUUCAUUAGAUAUUCAAUGGUAUUGCAAAGAGCGCCUCUCUAGCUUUCUGUCUUGCAGAAAUGAUUGCUUAUGAUGUACAUUGAGAUCUGUCCGUAUCUUAUUUUGGAAUGAAUUGGUUUGCAAAUUUCUGCGGGAAAUGAAGCGACUCUGCUUUUUGUUAAUUUUUAGGAUCUUCGAGGCUUAUGAAGCUUUUGGCCUUUUCUUUGAUCCGAUCAAGUCAUUAUUUUUUUUCCCCCUCCCUUUCAGGGCCUAUACAAUCAAAUACUUGUCAGGCUCGCUUGCUUGACAAUCGAUUAGUUUUCUUCGAUUACAGUGGCCAGUGGCCAGUGGCGUAUAAGUUGAGGUUGAUUACAGUGGCCCAAAAGUUCUCUUCGAUUACGGUGGCCAGAAAGUAUAUAUAAGUUUAAGUUGAUUACAGUGGCCCAAAAGUAGAAUGAACUGUUGUCCGACAAUUGUUAUGCUCACGGUGAACUGUUUAAGUCUGUAUUAAAGAAUACUGCUCACUCUUAAACCGAUUAAUGAAACGCAUAAACAGAGCCGGUACCCUUAGAGAUGGUUAUUUAUUUCCCUACAGGUUUUAGAC